AUGAAGAAUUUCCUUAUCGAUGCAUUUCGUACUGCUGCACAGUAUCAGGAUAUAAUCCUGAUCUCUAUCAAGUGGAAUAAUGGAAUGGAAAAAUGGAUGCCUGUGGACGAGGACGGAUACAAGUCAUGUGUUGCCCAUAUGUUGUGUUGGUGUCUGUUUUUUCGGGCUGAAUUCUAUAUUUUCUUUUGUUACAUAAACAGAACCACCUUUCAUUUUCUGUGCAUUUCUAUAUCUGCAGCUAUGAAAGAAUCUUUUGAGCAUGUUGGCUUUAUAGUUCAUCUGAUUACAAGCUUAAUUGGUACCAAUUAUGCAAAUAGUGCUCUGGGAUUUCACUUCUAG